GUGACUACACAUUGCUCAAGAGAGGACAUCAGAUCUGUAUAAAUGCGAAGGACAGUUAUCACAUGUCAAAUUGGUACUUCCAAGGUUAUGCUGGACACACUGAUUUUAAGCUAAGGAAUUCUGCAUGAACUACAAUGGAACUUGAUCUCAGUUAUGAUUAUAUUGAUUAUCCGAAUGUCACCACCAAUGUUACUUAUGAGGAAGUUUCUUUCAAAGUCCACAGCAAAUGUUUCUCUCAGAUUCUGUGCCUGUUGUUUGUGGUGAUCAAUGUGAUCAUCUUCUUGCUGGGCAUUGGAGGAAAUGGGGUGGUUAUCUGGAUCGCAGGUUUUGGCAUAAAGAAGUCUGUUAACACUACCUGGUACCUGAGUCUGGCCAUAUCUGACUUCAUAUUCUGCGUCUUUUUGCCUUUUAACAUUAUCUAUGGCGCAACUUCGGACUGGAUCUUUGGACUCUUCAUGUGCAAGUUCACAUCCUUUAUUAUGUUUCUCAACAUGUUCAGCAGCAUCUUCCUCCUUGUCAUCAUCAGCAUAGAUCGAUGCAUUGCCGUCAUGUUUCCUGUUUGGGCCCAGAAUCAUCGUACUAUCGGAAAAGCCGCAGUGAUAAUUGUGCUUGCAUGGGUCAUCUCUUCUGCUUUAAGUAUUCCAUCUGUUGUAUUCCGUGAGGUUCAAAAUCACUUAGGUAUAAAUCGAUGUAUGAACAACUACACAUCUAGUCAGUACAGCCACCAAAUCAUAGCCAUGAGUCGCUUUGUUUUUGGAUAUGUGAUCCCAUUCCUUCUCAUCAUCUUCUGCUACACUGUCAUCAUACUUAGACUGAGAGCCACACAGAUGGCAAAGUCCAACAAACCAUUUAAGAUCAUGACUGCUCUCAUUCUCACCUUCUUCCUGUGCUGGCUGCCGUACCAUACAUUUGUGCUAAUCGAACUGAAUCAAAGUGUCAGUACUGAGAUCAUAACGCAUGGGCUGAAAAUUGGCACCACUGUUGCUGCCACAAACAGCUUCUUAAACCCGAUUUUGUAUGUCUUCAUGGGUAAUGAUUUCAGGAGGAAAUUCAGGAGCUCCAUCUUAUCAAAAAUUGAGAAUGCCAUAGGAGAGGAUGGGCGAACAAUGAGCCGCUACUUAUCUCGCUCCAGCUCAGUGGAAGCCAGGGUGUCCACUCAUAUCUAAAGAAACAACUGGAAGUGACAGAAAAUUAUAUUUUCAGAGAUGUACAAAAAUAAAUCAAACCAUAAUUGUGCAUAAUACAAAUUGAUUCCUGAUGUAAGCUUCUACUUAACUUAUCACAAUCAUUUCUGUAAUUUCUUCUUGAUUAUAUGAGUUUUUAGAAUUUCAAAUGUUUUUAUCUGUAAUUAAAAUCAAAGUGGUCAAGAAGUGCAAUAUUGAAUAAUACUGGGUUGACAUUUUUAUAGUCAUAAUCUAAAGUAGUUGAUUACAGACUCAAGGCAAGAAGAAACUUCAAGUGAUAUUUCAAUAUACCAGGCAGAAUAUGAUGUGUUCUAUUGUUUUAUGUGACUAUAAAUGAAAAUGUGUAUACUGUAUAUCUGAUAAUAUGUGCUUUUCAAGGAGUCAUUGGAAACAUUGAACAUGAUUAAUGUAGUGGUGGUGGGGUGGUGGCGUGGUGUGGUGGCAUAGUGGGCUAAAGCACAUAACUGAUAAUCAGAAGUUUGCUGGUUCAAUCCCCACAGCCACCCCAUUGUGUCCUUGAGCAAGGCACUUAACUCCAGGUUGCUCUGGGGGGAUUGUCCCUGUAAUAAGUGCACUGUAAGUCGCUUUGGAUAAAAGCAUCUGCCAAAUGCAUAAAUGUAAAGUUUAAUGUCAAAUGAUUAAUGAACUAGGCUAACACAUCACUGCAGUUUGUAAUUGACAUAACUUUAAUUAGAAAUUUAAGGCAGCCGUUUAACUUAAGUUCCCAGUUAAAAUGGGUUGAAAUUUGUACAGAAAGUUAAAUGUUUUGUGACUAAUAAACACAUACAAUGCCGUAAUUAUCCCCAUCUUCAAACAUUAAAUUGAUGUCUCUCAUUUAGUUAUACAGUGAAU